AUGGCGUGGAACGGCGCAACGAGCAGGCCUCUUACGGCUACAACAGAUCCUUCAUCAGUGGCGACACCACCUAAUACAGCACCGGCGAAUUCGAUUCCCACCAGAGCAAAUUUUGAUACAAAUGACGCUGCCAGUCCUUUCUUCCUACACCCAAAUGAGAACCCCUCCCUGGUUCUGGUCUCAUCAGUCCUCAAUGGCCGGAACUACCACCCUUGGGCCAGGGCAAUGGAGAUGUCACUGCUGUCCAAGAACAAAUUAGGGUUUGUCGAUGGCACCAUUGUAGUGCCAAAGAUCGCACAGACCAUUCUUUGGGUUGGGACAGCAGAGAAAAUAUGGAACACCUUGAAGGCUAGAUUCAGCAAGGCAGACAUCUUCAGAAUUUCUGAUCUUCAUGCUGAAAUUCAUCAGAUAAGGCAGGGGGACUUGACCGUUAUCAGGCCAUUACCUAUGUGUAAAUGUGAAAGGAUGUGUGAUUGUGGGCUAUUAGAAACACUACAGCAUCAUAUAGAGAGUGAUAACCUCUCUGUGUUUCUAAGAGGUCUUAAUGAAACCUAUGUAUCUGUUCAAUCCCAAAUAAUGAUGACCAAGCCCCUCCCUUCUGUUGAUGAGGCAUUCAUAAUGGUCCAACAACAAGAAAUGAGGCUUAAUAAUGGAAUAACAGGAAUGCAAAUCCAAGAAGCAGGAAGUAUCCUCCUCACCCAGGGGAAUGGCUCAGGACCUAAGAAAUUUCAUUCCAACAAUAACAAUAAAAAGCCUAUCUUCUCUUAUUGUGGAUUUACUGGACACACCAUAGAGAAGUGUUACAAGAAACAUGGUUAUCCACCUGGGUGGAAACAAAGAAAUAGAAGUGUUGGUUUUGCAAAUCAAGUGCAGUUCACCCCUGAUGAUCAAACUCCUAGUGAAAAUAAUAGUUCUGUCACCUUGAGCCAAGAUGAGUACAGAUUACUUAAACAGUUUUUGCAAAGAGAUAGCAUGGUCCACAAUUCCUCACCCUUGAAUGAAGCUUGA